UUGGUACCUAAUGGAUGCUGGACUACAGAAAUGACACCCACCCCCCAAGUAACCGAAACAACCCAUUUCCCAAGCCUCAGUAUGUGGGACGUCUCCCCACCCGCGGCAAAGAGGCGCCCCAAAUCAGACAAAGCCCUAGACCUUCACCAGGCACGCUAGUCUCCCGCUGCACUUUCAUUCCAGCCCAGCUCUGUCCUUUUGGAGGUCUGCUCCCACCCCACAGACUCUUCAGAUCCCUCUAGACACAGCCCGGCACACCCCUCUCGAUAACCUGUGUAGCCCUGUGUAGCCCGGGGCUACGAUCUCGGGAUCAAACCUCCAAACCUAAUGUUGGGAUCCCACUCGCAGCCACGUUUUUCGCAGCCACUCUGUGGUCAGUACAGCCCGGACAGAGGCUCGCUCCCAGGUCACCUGUCGGACGCCUCAGCUCGCACCUGGUGGACUACACUCCCCCGUCGUCCUCUCCCCCGCGCCGCGAGCCAACCUGAGCUCGGCUUCUCGGGGACGACCGUCACGCCCCGACGCGACGCGGGGCUCCAGCCGCCAGUAUCUUUGCUCCUCUGGGCUCCCCAGAGCCACCUUCCCCUCCGCCGCCUCCAACCGUCUCAGCCCCGCCGGAUGCCGCCAUCCCUGACGGCCGCACUGGGCACAAUUCCCGCCGUUCAUUGGCUGUUACCUAGGCAACCGCGAGCAACGCCACUCCCCAUUGGUCCAGCCCUCCUCCGUGCCAUCUUUGUGAGGGGCCUGGGCCAAAGAUCUGAAAGAGGGGUGGGGCUGAGCCUGCCGUCCCACCUCCGUAACCCCAAUAGAAAAGGAGGACCCAGGCUUCACCUCUCCAGAGACCCCCAGGCAGAAACUUUAAUCCCGCGUGAGCCCGAACGUGUGUUCAAAGUGGCUACCAGCUCAAGAGGACGAAGUGUCCAGCAUCGCAGGAGUUAGAAUGGCAGUUAAAAGAGCUAACCCAGGUAAGAUGUUUCAAACAAUGCCCUGUGCAUACUUAGCUCUGGGUGAGUGCUAGCUCUCUGUAUGUAUCAGGACGUGUUUUGACAUGCUUACAUGAAAGGGAAAUCAAGUUCUAAGUGGUAGACACAGAGAUAAAGUCUGAGGGGAUUUCUGUAGAGAAAACUCAGAAUUCCAGGGAGAACUCUGAUCCUGGACCCUCCCUUGAUCAUAAUUUUAACUUCUUAAUCUUAAUGAGAUGAGUGAUGUCAAAUAUCAUUUCCAUGGUUCUGAGGACUCAUGAGGCAGACAUCACUGCAUUAGUUAGGUAGACAUCAUUCAAUUAGUUAUGACUGAAAAGCCAGUGGAACUCUAUAUAGAUCUCUGGCUGCCAUGACUUCUUUCUUUCUUUCUUUCUUUCUUUCUUUCUUUCUUUCUUUCUUUCUUUCUUCAUCAUGCUGGAGAUUGGUCUUCCAUAUGGUAAGGAAACACUCUACCACGUAGCUACUGUCUCAGCCCUAGAGGGGUUCAUUUGGGGAAAAAAGCCCAAGAUAUUCUCAUACAUACAACCAAGCAAUAGCUCUUUUAAUUCAAUGCUUCUAGUGAGUAGGACCAAGAAAGCAGGAUUAUGGGGCUGGUGAGAUGGCUCACUUGCCACCAAGCCUGACAGCUUGAGUUUGACCCCUGGAGCUUACACAAUGGAAAGAGAACUAAUGGCUGUCCUCUGACCUCAGCACAUGCACACACAUGUGACACACACACAUUUAUUCAGAACCACACAAAAAAUUAAAUAAAUAUAAAAUAUUAAGGUAUGAUUAUAAAGUAUUUGCAGUUAUGUGAUUGGCCAUCUUCUGUGAAACUCUUUCUUCCAGCUGCUGGCGACUCUGAGAAGAAAAACAAAAAUGUACUUAGCAACAAUUUCAGCAGUUAUGAAAGGGGAAUGUUUGAGGAGGGCUUUUAAUGUCCUGAGUACAAUGCUAAAUGCUUUGUUUAUAGAGUCUUUUCUCAAUCAAAUGAGGUAAGGGUAGUAAUUACCAUUUUAUAGAUUAGGAACUUUAGAAAUGAACUUCUUUACAAAUAUGAAUCAUGGGCUGGAGAGAUGGCUCAGAGAUUAAGAGUGCCAGCUGCUCUCUAGGGGUCCUGAAUUAGAUUCCCAGCACCCACAGAGCGGCUCACAGCCAUCUAUGGUGAGAUC